GUGUAAGUACUUGUAUAGGUCUUACAAGUGCGACGCCCCUGUACAUACUAGUAGCAGCGGAGCGCGAUUCGUUUGUUCAACUACUGCGACGCCGCAAUGGCGACGCCCAGAGGCUUCGUGCUGCCCGCUCCAACGGCAACCUUGUCUUGCAACGCGCAAGUGCUAUGCGUGCUCCCGGCCUAGUGUAGUGUACCCGUUUCGAGCCUCUCCGCGUCGAUGCGUUCGAGGAUCGUGCGCUCCAUGCGUGGCGAGGAGGUGGAUGUGAACGAGGCGGAUGCGGCGGCCAUGCGGGAUGGCGUGCAGCGCGUGCAGCACCACGUGCUCAAGCCCCUCGUGCUCUUCGCCACGCACAAGGAGGUGGCGGCGUCGGGCCAUGUGGAGUGCGACAGCCGGCGCGAGAGGGGCCUCUGCACCGCGGCUCGCCGUGCGUCCGCGUCUCGCGUCUACCUCUCCCUCAAGAAGCGGGGGUUGUCGCGCAGUGUGCCGUCAUCGUACCUGGUGGACUACUGCGAGGCCGUGCUGCCGCCGUCCACCACCAUCACGCUCCUGCUCGCCGCGCACAAGGUCAAGCGCAUUCCUGGCAAGUGCUCCCUGCUGCAACCCCUCCCUGCAUACCCUCAUGCCACGGCAAUAGCGCCACCACCAUUCGUGACGGCAGGGGACGUAGGCGUGUUGGGGAUAGAAGGUCUCGACGCCAGGGUGGAGGGCAGGGUGGCAGGAGCAACUGCAGUGGCAGCAGCAGCAGACGAUGGCCGGGGGCUGGGGUCCCCUACGGCACCGGGAGCAGCCAUGGCAGCAGUGGUGGCUGCAGCAGCGGCAGCGCGGUUGCUGUCACAGAGCAGGGCGCGCAGCAGCAGCGGCGUGGGCAGUGGCGGCAGCAGCAGCUCCGGCGGUGGUGGGGUCCCUGGCAUCCCGGGUGUGGGCCAGAGCAGCAACGGCAGUGGCAGUGGCGAGGCGAGCAGUGCUGCACGGGAGCCGGGCAGCAGGAGCACGAGUGCAGCACACCCAGUGGCACCGCCGGGCAAGGCCACGGCGGGCGCGCAGAAGAAGGGCGGGCUGCUGCAGGCAGGUGGCAGGAACCGGUCACCCCUGCGACGAGUGGUGUCGCUGGGGGUGGGCGAGGGGACCAAGGGGCAGAAUGGGGAGGUGGUGGAGGGCAACGGCAGUGGAGUGGGCAAGGAUGACGACUUCCACCUGGACCCCCGUGUGCACUUCUCCGCCGCACCGCCCUCCACCGCCUCGCCCGCCCCUGCGGCGGCCCCCAGUGCGCCAUCGGGUUCCCCCAUGGCGGCGUUCCUGAACAGGGCGUGGAAGGACGGCUUCCUGCGCCGCCUGCAGCAGUCCAAUGCAGAGUGCCCCGCGCCGCUCUCCAUCGCUGACCCGCACAGCGACGGCGACGCCGACAGCGAUGGCGAUGGUGCUGCUGUUGUGGCCACUCCUGUCAGCAGCGCCACUGCUCGCUCCCUCUUCUCCACCGCGUCACGUCCUGCCAUGCAGCCCCUCCCGCAUGCCCCCCAUGCCGCCACCCAUGCUGCUGCUGAUGCAGGCACCUCUCCUGUUGCUGGUGACGCGUCGCCACGUCGUGCCGCGGGCAGGGGUCAUGCGGACAGGGUGAGGUGCAAGCAUGCAGGGGUGGAGAGAGGCAGUGGAGAAGGGUGGCAGGUGAGGGAGACGCAGCGAGCAGGGGCGGACGAGAGUGAGGCACAAGGGGAAGAGCAGGAUGCAUGUGCGCGCAGGGAGGGGGAGAGUGUUGAGGGGUCAGAGGAAGGCAGCAACAUUACUGCUGCUGCUGACACUGGCAGCAGCAGUGGCGUUAGCUGGCUGAGGCGGCGGCAGCAGCUGCGGCAGAGACAGAGGAACAAGCAGCUGGAGAGGGUGGCGUGGCAGGAGCAGGGGCACGCCUCGCACCACGGGGAGGAGGACGCGGACGCUCGGGGGAGCAGUGGGGAACAGGAGGAUACGGGCAGUGGGGCGAAGGAAGGGGAGGGGCGAGCGGAGAAGGAAAGAGUGAUGCAGCGGCGGUGGGAGCAGGAUAGGGCGUGGUCGCAGGUGCGGCAGACAGUGCAGAGCGCAGCAGAGAAUGGCGUGCCGGCUCCCUUCAGACUAGAGAUGGGCACGUCCCCCGCUCCCGCCUCUAAUUAUGCCAGGCACACUGCCAACCCCCCACCUCCUCAUCACCUCCUGCACCUCGCCUCGUCCUCGCCGUGCCGUUCCCCCACCAAUGCUGCCUCUGCUCCCACGAGCACCUCUCCCACCGCUGCUCCUGCCACCACCGCUGUGCCUGCCUGUGGCUCCCCCUCCGCCAGCAGCAGCAGCAACGGCACCUGGAAAGGCACUGAGCGCGCCAUCAGGCACACUGCAGGGCGGGCUCCGGCCAUCAGCAGCAGCAGCAACGGCCAUGCCAGCCAUGCAGCCACGACCAGCCCAAAGGGGCUGACUGCGCCUUCUGCUGCAGCCACUGCGCCCCCUCCUGCUGCUGCCGUUGCUGCUGCCACCAGCAGCACUGCUGCUCGCCCGUCCCCUGCCCUCUCCUCCCCCCGGACCUCUGCAUCGGGGACAGCAGGCAAAGGGCGCAGCAGCAGGGCGGGCAGUGGCAGUGGCAGCGCUAGCGGGCGGAGCAGCAGCAGGAGUGCGCGCGGCAGCAGUGGCAGUCUGAGUGGGCUGCUGUCGCUGCCACGCACGUCCACAGCCGACAGCUCUGUGUUCACCGCUGCCACCCUCACCAGCACCCUCACCAGCACCAGCACCAGCACCAGCGGCAGGCUCUCUCUCGGCCGCCUCUCCCUUGAUGCUCGUGGUCCUGCUGCCCCUCCUGUCACUGACUGCCCCGCUGCGGACAGUGAUGCGCCUGCCGUGGUAUCUGCGUCUGCUGAUGCUGCUGCUCAUGCCCCCACUGCUGCUACUGCCGAGGGCCCCUCCACGGGUGCUGUGUUGGCCUCGCAUCGCAGUGUGAGCAAGGAGAGGAAGCGAGGAAUGAGGCUACCACGCUCCAAAACCGUAGAGGCCAGUGCCUUCUCCUCCUCCUCCUCCACCUCCCAUUCCUCGCUACCCCCCUCCCGUUCCACCGCCUCGUCUGUCUUCUCCCGUGCCUCCUCCUCCUCCUCCGUGCCCAAGUCCUCCUCUCUCUCCACGCGUGCCUCCCCCCCUCCCUCCUAUGCACCCCCCGGCGGCUCCCCCACCUCCUGGCUCUCUGCGCUGCUGCCUCUUCGGCGGCAGUCAUCCCGCGGCGACCAUCCGCCACCACCAGAAUCAUCCGCGCCUCCUGGUACUGCCAAUCCCACGCUCUCUCAUGCUGCUGACCCUGCUGCUGCUCGCAGUGCUAGUGUGGAUAGCCUGGCCAGCAGCAAGGCCAAGCAGGAGAACGCAGGUAGUCCGUGGGCAGGGGAGAGUGGAAAGCACAAGAUGUCUGUGUCUAAGGCAGCAGCAGGGGCAGGAGGGGAAAGGGGGCGGAGAGGCAGUGGCAGUGGCAGCAGGGGCGGGAGUGGGAGCAUGGUGGAAUUCCCAGAGGCAUGUGAGUAUGGGUCAGAGCAGCCGGUCCUCAUGGCCUGGACGGAUGGCGACUCAGGAGACAUCCCCAUGCCCGCUUCCUGCGUGCCCUCUCCCCUGCGCCAACCGGCCGCCUUGAAGCGCGCCAACAGCAGCGGCAACAUCUUUGCGCGCAUGUGGCGCAGCGACAGCACGGGCAGUGUGGGCAACCACGAGACCGCAGGGGAGACGGAGGAAUGGUCGCGGUAUACUGACGAUUUCAACAUGCCCUUGCCUGGAGACGAGUCGUCGCCGGACUCUACCUCCAAGAGCCCCCCACGCCCCAUGCUUGCCUCCUCCCCGCGCUCCUCCCACCCUGUCAACUGCGAGCCCCCUUGCACCCCGGGCACAGAGGCAGCAGGGGGAGCAGCAUCGAGUGGGAGUGCGGCGGCGGCAGCAGUGGCGGCAGCAGGGCCGGGUGAGGGGGGGGCGCAGAGUGACAGCAUAGACGCGCUCAUCGCGUCGCUGCUCGCCAUUCCGGACGUGCAGGGCGCCAUGCGCAUUGGCGACAUGCACGGGGCCGAGCUCGCGCAGAGCCUUGACAGCAGCCUGCUGCGCGCCGCUGCCGCUGACUGGCAGGCCGCGCACGCCACUCCCACCUCCGCCAAGGCCAGCCCGGUGCGCGCGCUCCCACACACACCAGAAUGGAAAGGGGGCGGCAGCGCCAUGUGGCUGGGGGGGGCUGAGAGUAAUGGUGGUGUGGGGGCGUUGAUGGGGCCGUCAGCGUUUGAGCGGCGCAGUGUGGAGAGGCAGCGGUCGGUAGAGGUGCGGUCGCUGAAGGAGGAGCUGGCGGCGUAUGAGCACCUCGACAUGGCCGCGGAUGCGUGGGAGGGGGUCAAGGCCGGCGCACCCAGGGAUGGCGAGAAGGCGGAUGGCGAUGGGGUGGCAGGUGGUGAGUACGACAUCUGGCAGUGUGCGGACACCAUCGCGUCGUCACACACGUCUGCGUCUUCCACUGCUGAUGCAUCCGCUGACGCCGCCAGUACUGCUGGGUCAGGAGCCGCAGUGUCACCCCUAUCAUCUCCUGGGCGAGCACAUGCGAAGGCUCCCCUUGCCGCUUUGCCCGGCUCCGCUUGCCCGGCUGCUGACGGCAGUGGCAGCAGGAGUGGCAUGGAGAGGGGCGGCGGCAGUGGCGGCAGUGGCGGCACCAGCGGUGCAGGGCGCGGCGCAAGCAGCACACUGCAGCGGUCGCGGCUGAGCAUGUCCAGUGGGCUGUCCGAUGUGCCUUGUGGGCUGUCGGAUGCAGGGGUGGUGAAUGGGAGUGGGGAUGGGAGGGAAUGGGUGUGUGGCGAAGAGGAGAGGGACACAGCUGAGCCAUUGUGCAAUGAGGCAGAAAGGGCAUCGGGAGUCAUGCCAGCCCCCCGGACAUCAUUAUCGCCAUCGCUGCUAGUGAGCCUCGCCCCGUCCCUGUCGCAGCUGCUUCACCCCAGGAGCUCCCCCCGCACCUCCCCCUCUGCCUCCGCCUGCUCCUCCACCGCUGCAUCCCCUGCCGCCUCCCCCUCGCGCCCGCGCACGCCCUCCACCCACCACGCGCACACGCGCUCGCUGUCCUUCUCGCGCAGCCUGCUGCGCAUCCCCACGCCGCGCUCGCUCUUCUCGCCCUCGCGCACCGACUCCGAGGCCGCUGCCGUUGUGCCCGCCGCUGACCUCACCCGCAGCAGGCGCACCAGCAAGGACCAUGCGCACACACAUGGAAGGGAGGGGGAGGGGACCAGUGUGCAUGCUCUGGGAGCACAGACAGGGGAGAGGGUGCACGGGAGGGAAGGAGCAAGGGGGGUCUCUGGUUCCGUUGCUUCCGCUUUAGAACGUGAGAGUGAGGAGGGUGCGGAGGGCUCCUCUGCUGUGGUGUCGCUGGGUGUGGUGAGAGAGAGGAAGGGAAUAAGGGCGAGCGGGGAGGGUGGGAGUGGGAGUGGGAGUGAUGAGGGUGGGGAUGUGGCGGAGUUGUUGGAGCCUCCCACGCCUUCCGUGGGGUGGAUGCAGCAGCGCACAGCGGGGCAGCAGCAUUCUGUUGGCGCAGGCACACAUGGCCGUGGUCGGGGGGAGAGGGCAGAGGAGGAGUCAGGGCAGUGGCAGCAGAGGUUGCAGCACGCAGGACAGCAGCGAGCACGAGAGUGUGGUAGGGAGCAGCAGGGGAGUGACUUGAAGGGCUGCAGUGCAGCAGAUGGCAACAGUCCAGUGGCCCCCACACUGGUUCUCCCUGUGCAUUCCCCUGGGCUGCUGCGCCCAGGCAGGGGUGAUUCGCCUGCUGCAUCCCCCUCGCACCGCCUGCUGUCGCAGGGAUCGCUGCCCUGCACGUCAGUGGCCGCUGCCGUCACAGCUGCCACCACCCUCUCCACCUCCUCCCCGUCGUCCUGCUCCACCUCCCCUCCUGCCCCCUCUGCCUCAUCUCACCUGCACUCACCCAUGCCUUGCUCUGCCGCACCCGAACUCAGCCUCACCAGGCCUUCCACACCAGCUGGUGCUCGGGCUCUGCCCGCUGCUGCUGCUGCUGCUGCUGCUGCUUUGGCUGGCUCGACCAUUGCUCAUGCAGUUGAUGGAAGCUCUGAUCGUUUUGCCAGAAGCAGCGCAUGUGCAAACGUGCAGGCGGCAGCAGAGAGCAUCAGUUGGCAGGACGUUGGAAGCACUCAAGUGAACCUCACAUGCGCAAGCUUCCCCAAGUCUGCUAGCAACCCCAACACCCUAAUCUAUAGCAUCAACAACACUAACCACAGCAGCAGUGGCAGUGGAAUGGCAGGGGAGGGUGAUUGCCGCACCUUCUCUUCUCUGCAACUGCUGACUGCUACCGAUGGCUAUUCCCCUGCUAAUCUUUUGGGUCAGGGCGCAUUUGGUCAAGUCUUUCGGGGCACGCUGCUUGGCUGUCAGGUGGCCAUUAAGCGCUUGUCAGGUGCCAGCUGGCAGGGCCCUCAGGAGUUUCAAACAGAGGUCGCAGUGCUGACGCGCAUGCGGCACCCCCACAUUCUCCUUCUCAUGGGCUUCUGCCCCGAGGAGCAGUGCCUGGUGUAUGAGCUCCUCCCGGGAGGGUCCCUGCAGAGUCUGCUGAACCGUGGGGCCCGCAUUCGCAGGAAGCGUGCGGCGGCCGCUGCAAAAGCUGCCAUUCAGAGUGCCAAAGCUGCUGCUCAAAGACUUGGCCUGUGGGGUGGCGAUGCAAGUGCGGAUGGUGGUGCUGGGAAGGGGUUAGGAGGAGGCGAGGGGCUAAGAGGAGGGGAAGAGGCUGACAAGUGGGAGAAGCAAGCAGCAAGCUGGCAUCGGUUACAUGGAGAGGGAGGAGGCAUGGGUGAAGGGGAUAUGGGCAGGGACCAUGGGCUUGGGGGUGGUGACAGUAGUGACUCUCAAGGGAGCGAGAGUGAUGAGGAUGAGGAAGGGAGUGUGACGGAGAGGGUCGCUUCUGAGGAUGAGAGGCAGCGACAACUGAGGAAGAAGCAGCAGCAGAGGCGGAGGCAACGUCGGAGCAUGGAGAAAGACAGAAACCAGCAGCAGAACAAUGAGCGAACACCUACAACCCCCCUCCUUCCAUUUUCUGCUUCGAAUUCAUCCGCAACAUCCAGUUCCACCGGCCAGCCUACGUGUCCGAUUCCCUGGUCUGAUAGACUGCGCAUUGCAGCAGAAGUGGCAUCUGCACUGGCAUACCUGCACCUGCAUGACCCCCCCAUUGUUCACCGUGAUUUGAAGCCCGACAAUAUUCUACUGGAUGCAAAUCUUGGUGCUCGUGUGGGUGACGUUGGGUUGGCACGUUUGUUGGAAGGCGAUGGUGCAACGACAACACGGGUGCAAGGCACUACAGGAUACAUAGAUCCUGAGGAGCUUGAAACCUGUGAGAUUUCUGUUUCUGCAGACGUCUACGCCUUUGGUCUGGUGAUGGUGCAGCUGCUCACAGGGAUACCUGAUGUCCGGAGGGUCCACAAGCUGCUUGCCGAGUGCUGGGCUGGCACAGAUGGAGAUAUUCUUCUGGCAGUAGCAGCACUGUCGCGCCAUCUGGAUGAUUCGGGUGGAGUGUGGCCUAGGUCACUUGUGGAGGAGGUCUUGGUUCUAGCUCUUGAAUGUGCUGACCGGCGGAGAUCUUUGCGUCCGGACCUUGUUGAGGAGGUAUUGCCUGCUGUCAUUCGGGCAGCAAGGGAAGCGGCAGGGGAGAUGCAAAGGAGGCGACGGAUUGCACGCCUGCAAUUUUUGUGUCCAAUCUCCAAGACCACCAUGUCUGAUCCUGUGGUCGCAGCAGACGGAUUCACUUACGAUCGGAGCAGCUUAGAGCAUUGGUUGACCAGUUCCCGUCUCUCACCAGUAACAGGAGCGCCUUUAGAUGACACGAGGCUCGUUCCUAAUCACACCCUAAAAAUGCUAAUAGAGACCCUUCAGUAGAGCAAUACCCUGCUUGUUCAGCUUGCAUCCUGCUAAUGCUCCAUAUGCAUAGUUUCCUAUUUUUCCCUGUUCUCUCGGUAUUCGGCUAAGUCCUCCGACUGCCAGUCACACCCCUCCCAUACCCCACGUACCCUGGAUAAUUUUGGCUAAGUCCUUCGCAACUGGUCACAUCCCGCCUCAUACCCGCCGUAACCUGGAAAAUUUCGGCUAAGUCCUCUGUAACCAGUC